UUCUUCUUUGGUUCACUUCGUUCUGUGUGGUUGGAGAUACGGUUUCAUCUUCUUUCGGCGGAAUCAUGACGAAGCUGUCAGUUGUGCUUUUAAUAUGUUUACUACUGCACUGCACAACAUCUUACUAUUACCACAAUGGACCACAACCAUUUCAUCCAAGAGUAGUUUACAGACAUCACGUCGCCAGUUAUCACCCACCAGCACCGGCAUAUCCUGGACCAAUGCCUGUACCAGCAGCAAGCCAGUACAGCCCAGUUCCAGUCGCCUAUGCUCCUGCACCACCACAGUUUCCUAGGGGAGCACCACCAAGUCCUUAUUAUGCACCAGUACCUCCUCCUUCCAUGUUCAACCAAGUACCCUAUGCUCCAGCCGCCAGUUAUCAGCACAAUUACUACUCUGGGGCUGGUCACAUGAUGCCUCCUCCUGUCAGCCCGAGAUAUCCCUUCAAGAACAUCUUCACCACUCCUCUUCAAGGGGCUUACAGCCAUUACCCAAAGCCAUCAAUCUUCUCCAAAAUAAAGCCAUACAUUUUUGGGAAUACAGCUCCUAGAACUCUUCCACAUCACCCACACUAUCCCAACUACUUCCAUCCUCACCAUUUCACGCCAAGCAGGCCCUUCGUGAACAGGCCACCUGUUGCUGCUUCUCACCACCCAUUCCCCAUUCACCAUCACCCGCCGCCCAACAUGAUCUCACCUGUUGUCAUGAAGCCAGAGAAAUCGUGCUCUUGCUCUCUACAUGUUGGACAAUUGACCGUUUACAAGCACACAGACAUGAGAUCAUCAUACUCGUGCUCGGAUCUUAAAGACUGUAAUUCCUUCUGCACGAAUCUGUUUAGCAGUGAAGAUCUCAGAGCACAAACAAGGUCUGACGCCUGCUUAAUUUUGGGAAAGGAUACCACUGUGCCAUGGUUUAGAAGAGACCACGUCUGCGAUCCUCAUGGAGUUAAAAAUGACACUAAACUUUCCGUAGAUCUGUGCUGUAAGAAUUUGCAACCCUGCUAAGAAUAAGCUCGAUGUGUAUCGAAAAUACGAUUACAGCUGAUAUUUUAAAUGCACUCUAUAAAAAGGGAGGCAUUAUAAUGAAUGGCGGUCGAGUGCAGUGAAUUUUUAGAGGAUUCAGAAUCGAGUAUCUGCUGAAGUUAAAAGUUCAUACUUGAAGAGAUACAGAUGUAGGAAUGGACUAUGGAAGGGAAGCAAUGAGUAAAUUAAAAGCUAUUUUUCAAGUGACAAAGAUAUUGAAUCAUGGAACUGAGUAUUGUACAUACAUUCUGAUCAGCUGAAAUUUACCGUUGCCUUUUGUUUUAUCGCUUUUGGUUAUUUAAGCAACUGACAACAGUAAAAGCAAACAGCAUUUGCACCCAGAGUAAGGGCCUCAUUUCAGAGAAAAAUUUGUAACAUUCCACUUUGGAUUGACAUCAUAACUUCUCAACUUCUCCCUCAAACUGUCUCCAAUUGCAGAAUUUCUGAGCGGGGACAAUUUGAAGGAGUUGUGACAUCAAUCCGAAGCAGAAUGAUUUCACAUGAGUGCCCAAAGAAGCCUCUAGGUGUAAUUCUGUUCAGUACAAAAUGCUGCAUGUUUUCCAUGCAUGCUCCAUUGGAAAUAUUGUAAUUAAGAUAGAUUCACAUCAGAUACUUGACAAAAAGAAAGCGUGGUUUUUUAAAAAAUAAUGUUUGAUAAAAUAAGUAUUAUAUUUAAAAGAUGUUUCUUCAUAGAUGCACUCAAUUCAGUACUUGUCUUCAUUGUUAUAUUGUUCACUGUUUUUCAAUCGAAAAAAGAAUUGGAUCUACUAAUAAGCAAGUAUGGUUUAAAAAGUGUUUUACUGUUUCAAACAUUGGGAAUAUUGAGAAAAAAAUCUAAUUUAUAACAACUUUUCUACUGCAGGCCAGUUGAAUUGCAAUAUUCUGCAAUGAAGAAUGAAAGUUUAUUCAUGAAAACAAUAAAACUUUUUAAAUUAUUGAUACUUUUAUAUUUAUACUGGAAAUGUUAAGAAAUUCUCAUCACAAUGAAUAAUAUGUGCUUCUAUGAAAAUCAUCAAAAAUAGGAUGCAAAGUUUUCUGUUCAAUAUGCCAUCUUUA